CCCACGACGGAACUGGCGGAAGUGACAUUAUCAGCACGCGCCAGGAGUCUUGCGGGGUCGGGAAGGGUCGCCGUGGCUGGCGUCUGGGCCGCCAGCAGUUUAACUUCGUUUUCGUGGGUGCGUCGUCAUCUAUACAGUGACUCCAGGCAGCAUCACUGUUUCUUGGUGUGCGAAGAUAACCCAGAGAACUGAGGACAUUGCUGAGGACAGCGUGCUGGGGAUGCUCUAGGAAAAGAUUUAAGUGUUGAAGAAAGUGAGCACCAUGGAUCAGAACAACAGCCUGCCUCCUUACGCUCAGGGCUUGGCUUCCCCCCAGGGUGCCAUGACUCCUGGAAUCCCCAUCUUUAGUCCAAUGAUGCCUUAUGGCACAGGACUGACACCACAGCCUAUUCAGAACACCAAUAGUCUGUCUAUUUUAGAAGAGCAACAAAGACAGCAGCAGCAGCAGCAGCAGCAGCAGCAGCAACAGCAACAGCAGCAGCAGCAGCAACAGCAGCAGCAGCCAGCAGUGGCAACUGCAGCAGCUGCAGUACAGCAGUCAACAUCUCAGCAGGCAACACAGGGGGCCUCAGGCCAGACCCCACAGCUCUUCCAUUCUCAGACUCUGACUACUGCACCCUUGCCAGGCACCACCCCCCUGUACCCUUCCCCCAUGACCCCCAUGACCCCUAUCACUCCUGCUACACCAGCCUCUGAGAGCUCUGGCAUCGUACCGCAGCUGCAAAAUAUUGUGUCCACAGUGAAUCUUGGUUGUAAACUUGACCUAAAGACCAUUGCACUUCGUGCCCGAAAUGCUGAAUAUAACCCCAAGCGGUUUGCUGCUGUAAUCAUGAGAAUAAGAGAGCCACGGACCACGGCACUGAUUUUCAGUUCAGGAAAAAUGGUGUGCACCGGAGCCAAGAGUGAAGAACAGUCCAGACUAGCAGCAAGAAAAUAUGCCAGAGUUGUACAGAAGUUGGGUUUUCCAGCUAAGUUCUUAGACUUCAAGAUUCAGAAUAUGGUGGGGAGUUGUGAUGUGAAGUUUCCCAUAAGGUUGGAAGGCCUUGUCCUCACCCACCAGCAGUUCAGUAGCUAUGAGCCCGAGUUAUUUCCCGGAUUAAUCUACAGAAUGAUCAAACCCAGAAUUGUUCUCCUUAUUUUUGUUUCUGGAAAAGUUGUAUUAACAGGUGCUAAAGUCAGAGCAGAAAUCUACGAAGCAUUUGAAAACAUCUACCCCAUCCUAAAAGGAUUCAGGAAGACUACGUAGUGGCUGCCUUGUAUUCCUGCCUCCCCGACCCACUUGUUUUUUGAAAACAAAUCAGUUUUGGUACCUCUGAUGGUGCAGUUGAAAAAGAUGGACGCUCAGUUACAGGUUGAGGCACCAGGCGACACUCUUCUUUCCGUGUCCCACUGUAGGAUGCUGGGAAGUUGCUUUUUCUGCACUGAGAUCACCCUGCAGCAUUACUGUGAGUUGCUCGUACUGUGCUGCUAUUUGGGCAGCGUUGCCCGCUUAUUUAUAUUUUAAACACUGAUGUUGACAAGUUGGUUGGCUGAAGAGACAGAACUCAAGUGUUCAAGACACGUGUACAAUUGGACUUUUAAUUUUGUUUAAUUUUUUUCCCCAUAAACUACAGUUUUUAUAUUUCUACCAGAAAAGUAAUAAUCUUUUUUAAAAGUGUUGUUUUUCUAAUUUGUAACUCUUUGGGGUUAUUUUUGUGCCAGACACAUUCCACCUUUCCAGUAUUGCAGGACAGAAUAGCUGUAUUAAUGAAAACAAAUGGCUGUACAUAUUUUUCUUUCUUCAGAGUACUCUGCACACAACAAAACGCAGUUUAUAAAAGUGUUAGAUUGUUCUUAUAAGAUACCUUGUAAGAGUCAUGUGAUCAUACUGUUAAAAAAUUGUAUUUUAGAUAUAAUGUCUGAAACCAUU